AUGGCUUCAUCUGAACAAAGCGAAGUUAUUAUUGAGGCUCCUCAAGAAAUUAAAUAUUUUAUUUUAGAAUCAAGUGAAAAAUAUAAUUUAUUAACUAAAAAAAAAAAGGCUAGUGAAGAAGAAAACCUUGUAUAUCAAGCAAUUAGAUUCUUUAUUGUGAAAUUAAACGAAGAAUAUAAAUCAUAUCAAAAAAAUAUGAGAUAUCGUCAAAAUGUAUACACUGCAGAGAUUUUUAUAUCAUUAAUUUCUAUUUUUCUUGGUCAAUUAUUCGGAUUUGCUCAAAAUUCCGAUAUAAUGGCGAAAGUUGGAACUCAAUUAACUUCAUUAUUUGGUGGAAUUGGUUUACUAGUAACUAUUGUUACUGCAUAUCUUAACAAUACUACGCAGAAAUAUCUUGAAUCAAGUAGUUCAACUGAACUCGAUGAGAAUACGUUCAAACUCAUGUAUUUACAUAUUGAUGAUAAAGUUAUUAAGGCGUUUAUUAAUGAUUUGAAAAAACCGAAAGUUAAUGUUUCAAAUGCUAAUGGAACGGAAGAUAAUGGAAUGAAGGAUAAUGGAACGAAGGAUAAUGGAACGAAAGAUAAUGGAUCGAAGGGUAAUGGAUCGAAGGAUAAUGGAUCGAAGGAUAAUGGAUCGAAGGAUAAUGGAUCGAAGGAUAAUGGAUCGAAUGCUAAUGGAACGAAAGGUGAUGACUUGAUAGCUAAAAUAGAAUCAAAUCUUUAUUCAAAAUCAAACGAUAUAGAUAGCGAAUUUACUAUGUUUACAGCACUUGAUUUUUAUAUAAUUCAAUUGAAACGAAGAAACGAUAUUUUGACUAGAGAAAGAAUUUUCGAUACGUCAGUUUCUGCUUUGUUCUUUUUCUUCAUUCUCGCAAUAUCUAUUUUUUUGUCGUUGGUUGUUCAAGAUUCCACUCAAACCUUUCUAUCUAAGGAUACAGAACAAACGUUAAGUCUUUCUUUGAUGUAUUUAGGAGGAAUCUGGUUUGGCUUAAUUUUUCUUUCAAAAUCAUAUGAUUUUCUUGAAAGUUUGGAAAAUAGACUUUAUGCUAAACUUAAUGAUGAUCAAUGUAAACUUAAAAUGAAAGAACUUAAAGACAACGAAUUUAAAAACGAUGCUUUUUCCUAUUGGUUAAAGGAAUUGGUUAGAUACGAAAAAAAAAAUACUUUGGCUGAAAAAACAAAUUCCAAAAGGAAUUUACGUAUAAUUCACUUACAAUUAUAUCCAUUUUGGGUCACAAAUAUUGAAUUAAUUCUAAACGGAAUCAAACCUAUGAUUUUAAAGGAUAGAAAAAAAUAUAGACUUCAAAAGAAAAAAUUUGAUAACAGAAUUUCUUUCAAAGAUAUUUAUUCUUCAAAUAGGAGUGACAAAGAUGAAUAA